UGUUAAAAUUCGCCGCAGGUUCAGACCCAAACAUGUCCACAAGUGUCUGUUUAUACCUGAACAUUUCUCUCCAGCACGGGAGGGUUUAUGAUCGAUGAACGAAGUUUACAUAUUUGUGUGUAAUUUGUGAGUAUCCGACCGCGGAAAUGACUGAAAUCAGUUCUCCGGCGCUGUGACCGGAAGUUGGAGUUUUCAGAUAAGAAAGUGUGAAAGGGAGAGAGAGAGAGAGAGAGAGAGAGCUUCCCCACCGGCCUGAUGAGUUUAUUUUUAUUUACAUUUACUUGUUUUCUUCACGUAUCUACAGGCACACAUGUCCUGCAGUACCUCUACACUUCAAUCACACACACAACCAAUUCCUCAGACAUCCCCGAGACGGAGUUCAGUGCUGUUGGUGUGCUGGAUGGAGAGCAGUGUGCGUUCUACAGCAGCAGGAACCGGACACUGAUCCCGAAGGCCUGGAUAAAGAAGAAUGGGAGUGCAGAUUAUUGGAAGAGUGAGACGGAGAGAAUGCAAGACAAUGAAGGUGCCUUUAACAAAAAAUUCGGAACAGUCCUGGAACACUUGAAUCACAGUAAAGGAGUUCAGACACUCCAGAGGAUGUAUGGUUGUGAGUGUGAUGAUGACGGCACCACUAGAAGAUAUGAUCUGUACGGUUAUGAUGGAGAAGAUUUCAUGAGUCUGGAUCUGAAAACUGGAACCUGGACUGAAGCAAAACCUCAAACUGGAAUCUUUAUAAAGAAGUGGAAUCUGAAAGGAGAUGAAGCUAAAUACUGGAAGAGCUACCUGGAGAAUGACUGCAUCGAGUGGUUAAAUAAGUUUGUGUCUUACGGCAGAGAGACUCUGGAGAGGAAAGUUCGUCCCGAGGCGUCAGUGUUCCACAAACACUCUCCUCCUCCAGAGGUGGUGUGUCACGCUACAGGUUUCUUCCCCAAAGCCCUGAAUAUCACCUGGCAGAAGGACGGAGAGGACCUGAUUGAGGAUGUGGAGCUCAGAGAGACGUUACCCAACCAGGAUGGAAGCCUCCAGAAGAGGAGCAUUCUGAAAGUCCCAGCUGAGGAGCUGCAGAAACACAACUACACCUGCGUGGUUCAGCACAGCAGCUUGGAGAAGGAUUUAAUCUUAGAAGUACCAAAAGAUGGAGGGCAGAUUGGAGUCAUCAUUGGUGGUGUUGUGGCCGUCGUUGCUCUCGUCGCUGUUGUUGUUGGAAUGGUCUUCUGGAAGAAGAGGAACUCUGGAUUCGGACCUGUUCCCCCCAAACCCUCCCCUGAAGGAAAUUCUUCCUCCAACAACUCUUCAAAUAAGAGAGAAACAGCGGAGGAGAUGGAGAUGGAGAGAUUGGACAGUAGUGAUUGUUCAGAGGAGGAGCACACUGGUUUAAUGACGCAUCGCCGUGAACUGCAGCAACACAUGAGGACAAACUCUUGGAAACGCACUGCAUCACUGCUCUUUCACAACCAACAGCAGAUGAGGAGCUGCAGCUGAGUAUCUAGUGUUUUUGUUCACCGCCGUACAGUAUCUUUUGCAUUACUGCCACAAACUGGACCGCAGUGUGUCGAGCGUCGUGGUCCAGGUUGUCCUGAUCGUGUAGCAGGGUUUACAGGAACCGGCCCCUGCCAGAUUUUAACCAGGAUCACGUGUAGUCUUCCAGGGGAUGAAAAUAUCAACGACCAAAGUGAUGUGGUUGAUGAGAAGUGCAGGUUGUGUGGAGUCUUUAUUUAGUUAACAAGAAUGAGGGUAUUUGUUUUGUUGUUGUAGCCUGUAUGUCCACCUUGCAACGUUAAGAGUUUAUUCGUGCUGAUUACUGAGACUCGGUGGUAGAUAAAUUCAUGCAGGAGGAUUUACAUUUUAACUUAUUUAUUUUACUUGAUUGUUGCACUUUAAGAUGUUACAUGGCAUUCAGUCAACACUUUUUUUUAUCCAAAGCAACGUACAAGAAGUGCAAAAGUCAGGUCCAUAAAGUGCUGAACUUCUACACAAGAAAGUUCUCAUGCCAACUGAACAAGUGCCAGAAGAACACUUGGUGUAAUGUUCUAUUAAAGUACCAACACUCAGCAAAGAGCCAAGGAACCAAACCAACCGUACAAAUGAGCUGCCAAAGUACAGCUAAAUGGAGAAAAAUAAAACUCCAACAGCUAAACAGAACCCAGCCUGGGAUGGUCAGGACCGAUACGCAGUGACACCAGGGGAGAGGUGCAGCCUGAUUUACAAAGUGAAAUCUCCUUCUCAAAACACCAUCCUUCCUCUCCUCCCUGAACUUUUUGGUUACGUCCUUUUCAGAUGGCAGCUUAAUUAAUUUGUCUUUCCAUCGAUGAAACGCUAAAGCCGUGCUCUGUAAGGGACGUGAGUGCACACCCUGGGCUUUCACCUAUUGGUACCUGAGCACGUUCUCCAGCCAACUCUGGUUUAAAGAAACGCUGUAUGUCUGUAUUUACAUUAGAUGGCUCAGCACAGUUGUUUACAAACAACCUUAACAGCUAAUGUUACUGUGAAACUGUCAAGGUCUUUUUGUCAUUUCAGCCAUAUACAGUUGGUCCAGUAUACGGUUAAAACAAAACUACGUUUCUCCAGGACCAUGGUGCUACACCAAACAUCACAGGUCUAUAAUACAACAGAAAGUGCAACGCUGCAGAUAGUAAACGACACAAACAGCAUCAGGUGCAGAGUUGAGUGUGCAUAUUGAAGUAGUAUAUGAAAGGGAAUAAAUAAAUGCAAACUGUGUGUGUGUGUGAGAGAGAGAGAGAGAGAGAGACAGCCUGUAAACAUUAAGGCAACAGUGCAUUAUUGUCCACUAUGUAAAGACUUGGCACACAACCAGGUCAUUUCUGCAAUCGACAAACCAGUGCAAUCUGUUUCAGUUAUUUAUUUAUUUUUUAAUCAGAUCUUUAAAUGUAAAACUGACACCAAACAUAUUACGAGUAGAAUCUAUACAACGCUCAAUUCACACCAAGUAACUCACUUCGAGUCUCUUAAAAAUAAACAGGAAACAGACUUCGAAGGAUCUAUCCCAGAAUCAGCCUGGAAAAAAUUAUUCAGAUGAUUUCCUCGUCCUCCUCCUCUGUGUGCCUCAGACCUGCUGUAGUCCAGUUUAAAGUGCUACACCAUCUUCAUUGGUCCAAGGAUAGAGUAUCUAAGAUCAAGAUCCUACAUGUGACCGAUGUAAACAAGCCCCGGCCACGCUGCUGCAUAAGUUCUGGACGUGUCCAAAACUGUAUGGAUUUUGGCAAUCUAUUUUUGAGACCUUCUCUAGAAUAUGCUGGAAAACAGUACACCCAUCUUUAAUUUCGAUGUUUGGGCUGGUCCCAGUAGACACUUCUCUGAGUAGCUGUAAAACCAACCUGAUUGCUUUCUGCUCUGUUGGCCAGAAGGCUGAUUCUUUCCUAAUGGAAGGAUCCGCUCCCUCCAACAUUCAGCCACUGGAUUACAGAGGGUAUAUGUCAUAUUCAUCUAGAAAAAAAAUCAGGUACACCAUUAGAGGCUCUGUUGAGGGAUUCUGUGCUAUCUGGCAACUAUUCAUAUCCUUUAUUGAAAGCAUGGCAGCUACCGACAGAGCUGUGUGUUUCUGGUUGUGUUGUACAGGUGUGUGAUCCUGUGCAAUUGUUUAUAUGAAUGUGAUAAUCAAUUUUUAAAAAGUGUAUGCAUGUGUGUAUAAUUAUAUAAAUUUAAUUUGUAUAUGUAAAUGUUUGGGGGGGGUUUCUUCUUUUUUCGUUCUUGAUGUCUGGCAAGCAUUAGAUCCCAAAUAUUGGUCCAGUAUUGUUUUGUAUCGAUUUUUAUUAUUUGUACCAUCUACAGUUGCGGUCAGAAGUUUACAUACAGUGACAUGAAUGUCAUCUUGGAUACGAAUGUCAUGACAAUAUUUGGGAUUUCAGUAAUUUCUUUGAACUGUUCUUUUUCUGUGACAGAAUGAUUGUACAGUAUACAGCUUUAAUAAAAAAAAAAACAUGAA